AUGAGCGCGAUCCAAAACAGCACAUUAGGCUUUGAAAAGAUUUUCGUCGUCGGCCUUCCAAGCCGGACAGAUCGCAGAGAUGGCAUGAUUCUGCAAGCUGCGCUGAGUGAGAUUGAAGUCAAUUUUGUGGAUGGUGUGCCUGGCAACACCGUAGUCGACAAGGCGAUACCAAAAACGAGCGAGCACGAUCGCUUGCAUGAUGGCGCCAUAGGCUCUCUUAUUCUCGAAGACGAUGUCGACUGGGACAUCAGAAUCAGAAAGCAGUUGCACGACUUUGCUCUCUCAGCUCAAACCCUGACUCAGCCCCUUCCCGAUGGACCUGCAACUUAUGCGGACCCAACAUACCCGAGGCCGGUCGAGAACUCGCCAGAGGUGGUUCCGGAUAUUCCUUUUGAUUAUCUUCCAGCUACUGUGGCACCAAAAACAUCACCGUACGGAGACGACUGGGACCUGCUCUGGAUCGGCCACUGCGGAAUGCACUUCCCAUUCCGAGACAAUAAGAGUAUACCUAAAGCUCGCAUCAUCCGCUCCAAUGACGUAACUGUCGCUCCCAAGAAGAACCUAUGGACGUUCAACAUCCCAUUCACUUUGAAAGAGACGUAUCCGGAGCAUACGCGGGCAUAUCACCAUGCUCAAGAGGGCGUUUGCACACUAGGAUAUGCGAUUAGCCAAAGGGGAGCGAGGAAGCUCCUGCAUGAGGUGGCUUUGAAGGAUGUCAGCGAUGCGUACGAUAUUCUCUUGAGGUUCUUUUGCGAGGGCGCCAAGGGCCGAAAACCACACAACUGCUUGACGACACAGCCGGCGCUAUUCCACCAUCACCGACCGGCCGGCCCCAACAGUGCGAUGAGCGACAUUGGGAACCACGGUGAUGGCUUUAGAGAGGUCAGCAUGACCGACAUGGUGAGAUGGAGUGUGCGAUUGAAUGCUGAUGCGCUUCUCGAAGGGAGGACGGAUUUUGUUGACCAAUAUCCUGACGAUAAAUGA